AUGCAAUCUUCAUCCGGUUGGACAUGGAAGAAUUUGGUGUUCAAUUCUCCAGCCAUUUUGCCAUUCAAUGCAGAAGAAACAAGUGCGAUCAGGUGCAGAAUGUACGGUGCUCGGGUAAGCAUACUUUCACAUGGUAUGUACGGCAGCAGCGUGCCACAAGCCCCGUCACGAUUCACUUUACGCGCUGGUAUCGCCAACAGGAAUGUGCCCUGUACCCAGUUCGCGACCGACAAACACAAAGGGCGAGAUUUCAGUGCUCCCGAACUCCAAAAUGCACACCAACGCACGCGUGCCAAGACUCAAAAACUGGAUGUGGAAUGUGCGACUUCGCUCUUUGUUGCUGACGCGGCAUUGUGUUGUUCAAAGAUGAAAUCGCGGGUAACGGCUCCACGGCAAACAAAAGCCGAGCUGGCAUGCUCAGAACGGCACCGAAAAGCUACAUGUGAGUAUGUGAAGGGUUCAAGUCGGACAAACUGA